CAUUGCUCUGAGAUAGGUAGAAUACUGCUUUGCGCACAUCCUGUCCGAUUUUUGAGGAAGUGGCGAGAUGGAACUGUUUCCAUCUACGGCUGCUUUAAGCACUCGCUGGUGGCUGAUCCGUGUCUAGUGUGGUAGGGCUCCGUUUCAGUCAGACGCCGCUUGGUAUUUUAACGAUAAAAUUGCUGACCAUGCUUCAAAGGAAAUCAUCCAACGUCUCAGACAAAGCAAAAAACAGCAAGCCAAAGCGCUCCACCAGCUUUGGAAAGUUUGAAGCCUUCAAACACCAUCCAUCCCCAGUGAAGACAGAAGAUGAAUGUACAGGGGAGCGUGAUGAAAAGUCAGGUGACGAGAGUGACCAAUCAAAAGCCGGGAGCCUGGGGAAGAAGAUGAGGGCCAUCUCUCUGACUAUGCGGAUGAAGAUGUACAAAAAGCAUCCCAAGGCCUCUGAAGUGACGAGUGAAGACGUAGAAGGAGACCAUGAGGACGAUGUGGGCAGCCAUCAUCACUCAGAGGAGCAACAUCUGAAGGCCAACUCUGUGGAGAGCCUCAACAGUGAGCAGAGCUCGUCCAGGGGUGUCACCAGCGGAUCCAGUCCUUCCAGUAACAGAGACAGCCUAAGACACGAGCAUGACAGCCCUUACACAGGGAAUUUCUGUGGAAGAGCCAGAGUCCACACCAACUUUGUUCCAAGCCCCUACGACACCGACUCCCUGAAACUGAAGGAGGGUGACAUAAUUGACAUCAUCAGCAAAACGCCCAUGGGCAUAUGGUCGGGCGUGCUGAACAAUAAAGUCGGCACUUUCAAGUUCAUCUACGUUGACCUCAUCGAUGACACGGUCACCGAAGAGCCAAAGAUCAGGCGCAACAGGCGGAGCAAGCGACCGAGGCCGAAGACACUACAGGAGCUGCUGGAACGUCUCAACUUGGAGGAGUACGCCUCAUCCUUGCUUCUCAAUGGCUACCAGACAGUAGAGGACCUCAAGGACUUGAAGGAGAAACACUUGAUAGAGCUGAAUGUGACAGAUUCAGAACACAGACAGAGGCUUCUAGCUGCAGCGGAGUGUCUACAGUACUCAGAGAACGACAAUCACCUGGAAAGUGAAGACGCCCCAUCAGACCGCCAGAAGCUGGAGCCAAGCGAGUACCCGCGGGAUUCGGGCUGUUACGUGUCCUUGGAGUGUUCGGAUAAUGGGAAAGAAGACUGAGACAGCCAGCAAUCAUGAUACGAGUCAUGAAAUGACUCAUGAUAUGAGUCAUGAUAUGAGUCAUGAUACAGGCCGCCAUAUGACACUUAACCCUCUCCCUGCUGACUCCGAAAACCAUGUCCGUCUGUGUUUGACUGUACAGAGCUUCCAGUGUCUUUGUCAUGUGUACUUCGCCUUUAUUUAUUCAUUAAAUUCAUAUAUCAGUGUAUAUCUUUUAAUUUGUCUUUUCAUAGUACUUCGUAUCAAUCACUCUUUACGGCCAGGACCAUUAGACUUGCAUACUUUCAGCAUUUGAUAUCAUAAUAUCUCAGUGUCUUUGUCUUGUGUAUUUUUCCUUGUGUUGUGUUGCAUUUUUUCCCUCAUUUAUAACUGUAAAAAGGAAGAUAUUGUACAUAUUUUAAGUUAAAAUAUUAGCGUUUGCGGGACACUUUAACAUAAAAUUGCUUAUAAAAGAAUUAGGGUGCAUGCUGAAUUUUUAUUUAAAUCCCAGUGACAGGGUAUGCUGUUGUACGUAUAUUUCAAAACCAGUAUUACAUUUACUGUAGCAGUUAAGGGCUUGUUAAGCCAGAAAUUAAACAAAAAAUUGAAAAUUAUUUAUUAAUAUUCUUUAUACGUAAUCUUGUAUACUUUAUCCAAGAAGUUUUCGCGCAUUUCUACUGAAAUUACAUAUACAUUGUUUUUUAAAUAAAGUAUUCUAACCGUUA